AAACCACUGCAGAUCUUUCUGCAUCUGGAGACCGCCGGCCACUUCCUCGUCGACGGUCACUUCGGCGGCGUAGUGGAGAAUGGUGUUGCUCUUGUUGUCUCUGGCGUACAGUAGUCGCGAAGGAAGCACGGGAUUUCUCCCGGAUGUUGACGGACUGCGGGUAGACUUCCAAGAUCUUGUCGACGAAUUCGUGGAGCCCCAGCUUGGCGCCGGUUAUCAGCGGCGAGUCGUUCCAGCGCUGAAGUGCAGCAUCAACUAUAGGUGGCUUGUCAUCCACUAUAGGGGGUUCGUCGGCGCUGAAACUUCUGCUUUCAUCAACUAUAGGUGGCCUGUCGUCCACUAUAGGGGGUUUGUCGGCGCUGAAACUUCUGCUUUGACCUGUCUUCCCCUUACCGAUAAAAUCCCAGUACUCAAAAUCCCCUGCCAAGCAGUCGAUGAGCGCCAUGGUUUCUUUAUGGUUUCUUUUUUGCUGCUCCAAGUACUUUAUUCUGGGGAAAACUGCAUCAGCAUACACAAAUUUAUCAUACUUGCGAAUUGAUUACUGAAUUGAACUUAAAUUAGUUGGAACUCACAUUGCUUUAAGAUCCUGAAAAUAUGCAGUAUCGCCCAUCCGGCUGCAGGAAAAAACUAACUUCAUUAAUUAAUAACCACUUGUAGUGAUUGCAAAUUUUAGAGAACACAUUCAAAACAUAUCAAAAUGUUAUUAGAUUUAAAAGAUAAGUAAGCAUUGCUCGUCAGUA